AAUUUUAAGUUUUGUUUUCAUUUCAUUUUAAUUUUUAGUUUUUAAAGUUUGAUUGAGAUAACAGGUGCAUGAGGAAGUAUAAUUUUAAGCAGGUAAAUGUGCCUAAACAAGCAAUAAAACUAAAGGUCCAAAUGGCUUGUUUAAUUGUAUUAACUAGAAAAGUGUGUGUAAUGAUGAAAUUUUUUAUGCUUGUUGUACCUGUUCAUUCAUAAAUAUUUUCAAUGAAUAAGGCUUCAACAUUUUGGAAAUGUAGUUCAAAAAGGUAUUUCGUGGUGAAAAGAUCGUCUUUCGUGGAUGUAUUAUUUAUCAUAAUUUAAUUAUUAAAAAUGUGCAAAAUGCAAGUAAAUAUAAUUGCGAUAUAUAUUUUAAUUAUCGUGCAACAAGGGGUUAUUCAUUCGCAGAUUAUGCCAAUAUCUCCAUGUCCCAACUAUUUUCAAUAUCGUUUUGAUGGACAACAUUGGUUUGGAAGAUUAAGAAUUGAAAAUCCAUUAAGUAAUGAUCCACUGCACUUGAAGGUUACACUCUCAGUGCGUGGAAAUCCACUUACAAAUUAUUUGGGAGAAAUAGAAUUACUGACAAGAGGACGACCCGCCGAUGAAUAUUCUAUGGUAUUCUAUAAUGUUAAAUUUCCACUAACUAGUAUUCCACCCAGGCUGAUAAAAAUUAGUGCCAAUAAUCGUACUAUUUGUUUUGGAACACAGGAUUUUGGGGGUUUAGUAACACUUAUACAUUUAGAACAUACAAGAGAAUUUUCGUAUUUAUCAAAAGGCGAAAUAUCUCAAUUAGAUGAUUCUUCAAAUUAUCAGGAGGCUACUAGAAAAGAUUUAGAAAAUAUAUCGAGAGAAAAUCAUUCAGUUCUAAAGAAAUUAUAUGAGACCUGUGGAAAAAUGAGUAGAAAUUUAGAAAGAAAUAACAAGUACAAAAAUGGUGAACUUAUUAGAGGUUCAUGGCCUUGGUUAGCAGCAAUAUAUGUUAAUAAUUAUACUUCAUUAACCUACAUUUGUGGUGGAACAAUAAUUUCAAAAAAUAUUGUACUAACAGCUGCCCAUUGUUUUCACAUUUAUCAAAAGAAAUACAAUGCAAAUGAAGUUCUAGUAUUUCUAGGGCGACAUAAUUUGCAAAAUUGGAAUGAAGACGGUUCGAGUAUAUCUACAAUUGAUAAUAUUUUUAUACAUCCUGAUUAUGAUAAUAAUUUAAGUUCAUAUGACGCUGAUAUUGCUGUUGUAAUAUUGAAGAAUUCAAUAAAAUUCGGGCAAUAUAUACGACCGGCAUGUUUGUGGAAUGAUAGUGAGGAAUUUGAAUAUACUGAAAAUGCAAGAGGUACAUUAAUUGGAUGGGGAUAUAAUGAUUUUAAUAUUUUAUCAUCUUUACCGAAAAAAUUAGAAAAUUAUAUUGUUACAAAUUCUAAAUGCAUAAAGGAUAAUAAAAGAUAUAGAAAUUUAAUAUCAUCAAGAACAUUUUGUGCUGGUGGAGAUUUACCUUGUGCUGGUCAUUCUGGUGGUGGUUUAAUGUUAUAUAAAAAUGAAAGAUGGCGACUAAAGGGCAUUGUUUCAGGUUCUUUACCAGGUUCUUGUAAAUCUAAUAAGUUUGUGAUAUAUACCGAUGUUAGUAAAUUUUUAGAUUGGAUUUAUGCAUUUAUAAUUUAAAUUUUAAUGUUCAAUUAUUUGUAAUAGGUAUAUAGUAUA